GAAUAUUAAUAGAAGUGAACAGAUGGUACCUUGCAGUCCAUGUUUUUCACCAGCCACAUAUCCAUCAGAAGAUUACGUUGAUGAAAUGAAUCCUGAUGCUGCUGACAUUAAUUCAAGUCUGCAGAUUUAUAGUUCUGAGAUAUCAAGUACACAGUCAUCACAGUCAAGUACACAGUCAUCACAAUUAACUAGCACAGACUCAUGGAAACCUCCAACAUAUACUCGUGAUAAACUGAACAGAAGCAUGGAUAUACUGUCUAAUGGGAAUUUUAAACCACUGCGGUACUCCUUGACUCGACCAUUAAGCAACACUCAUCAAUCAACGAGUGAUUACAUCACACAGAAAGCUAAUGAGUGUGUUCAGUAUUUAUUUGAAUGUAUUGCACCAAACCAGACAGACGAAUUAAUGAAAUUAGUUUUCAAAAAAUAUUAUUCAAGUAAAACAGAAAACAAAGUAGAAGCAGAUGCAUUGACCCAGGCUGUAGUAAAAGCCUAUACAAAAGCAGAUGGUCAUCAGAGUCAGAUACAAAUUCUAUCUUUGAUUGUGAACGAUUUUAAAAAGACUGAUCUCUGGCGGUACUCAAGGUUGGUUGUCAGUAUCCAUGUUAUUGAAGGAUGUUUUGUUAAGAAUUAA